AUGGCACCCAAAACUCAAACACCAAGUAAAGGUUCAAAAAAGGCUGUUACAAAGUCAUCCAAGGGCCAAAAAGGUGAUAAAAAAGUUCGACGACGAAGAAAGGAAACAUAUUCUAUCUAUAUUUACAAAGUUUUAAAACAAGUUCAUCCCGAUACAGGUAUCAGUUCAAAAGCAAUGAGUAUAAUGAACUCAUUCGUGAAUGAUAUUUUUGAACGUAUUGCUGCUGAAUCAAGUCGUUUGUCUCAUUACAAUAAACGUUCAACAAUAUCAAGUCGAGAAAUACAGACAGCCGUACGUCUAUUAUUACCGGGAGAACUCGCCAAACAUGCUGUUUCAGAAGGUACAAAAGCUGUUACAAAAUAUACAAGUGCAAAAUAA